GGGUACCAUUGGAAGCAAUGUAGCCUCCGCGAUUAACAAUGCUCUCCGCGGCGCUGCGGUCAGCUUCUGUCUCAUCUCUCCCGAUUCUUUCCUUCAAACUCAAACCCCCUUCAUCUUCCAGUUUCUCUUCUCUCCCAUUUCUUCAACAACACCAUCACCCACUAUGGUCAGGUCUUCAGAGCUGGAGAGACAGCUCUCUCAACCACAACCGCUUCUGGGGAUCUUCUGGUCCCGAACCCGAACCCCCAGUGUUGAACCCAGUUGGCCCAGAUGAGGAAACCCUACAGCUCGCUUCGCUUACUUCUCUAGCUGAAAUGGGUGCCAUGGUUUUAUCCACCGCUGACCCUUUAAAGAAAUCGAUGAUUUCUCAUCUUGCUUACUCUAGGUGGCGCAGAGAAAACCUCCCUAUUGGGGUUUCUAAACCACCUGAUAGGCCUGCUCGUCCUCCAAAACCCCAAUUGGUGUCUCCAAAGGAAAUCCCGGCUCCAAAGAACUCUGGCUUGCCUCUUAAUGCCUAUAUGCUACACAAUCUUUCUCACGUGGAGCUAAACGCAAUCGAUUUGGCAUGGGACACUAUUGUUCGGUUUUCACCAUAUAACGAGCUUCUUGGAGACAUGUUUUUUGCUGAUUUUGCUCGUGUUGCUGAUGAUGAGAGUCGGCAUUUUGCUUGGUGUUCUCAGAGACUGGCUGAGCUUGGAUUCAGUUAUGGAGACAUGCCAGCCCAUAAUCUACUAUGGCGUGAGUGCGAGAAAUCUUCAGAUGAUGUUGUAGCACGCUUGGCUGUGAUCCCACUAGUUCAGGAGGCCAGAGGACUUGAUGCCGGGCCUCGACUUGUGCAAAAGCUAAUCGGCUUUGGAGAUUGUAAAACAUCAAAUCUUGUUGCUAAGAUUGCCGAAGAAGAGGUUGCACAUGUAGCCGUUGGUGUGUACUGGUUCGUUGCAGUCUGCCAGCAAAUGGGUCGCUCCCCUUGUCCUACAUUUAGAGACUUGCUGAAAGAGUACAAUGUGGAGGUGAAAGGGCCCUUCAAUUACUCUGCUCGGGAAGAAGCUGGACUUCCACAGGACUGGUACGAUCCGUUACAAGGGAGCACAUCGAAUAAGGAGCAACUCACUAAGGUUCAUGAUAGACUCGCUCAUAUCAUAUCCAUGGAGAAAGAGAACUCGAAUUUGAACAAAGAAGAGUGAUCGGCCAACUUUACAUCUAAAACCGAGAUCAACUUGCAACAUCGAUGGUUUACAAGCCAAGGAGUUCACGAAGACAUAUGUUGCCGAGGAACGGGUUUCCAUAUGCGAAAACUGUGACAGGAAUCGUUUUUUUGGGUCGAGAUUUGGUCUCGUUGUAGCCGUUGAUUGCUAUGUCGCCGCCACUUAGUGUCGCUAGCGCCCCACCUAGACUGUGGCCGACUACUGUUAUGCUCGUUUCUUCGUCCUUGUAUUUUUCGACUAGCUGUCGGACCAUCGACAAAACCUGAAAGUUUUCAUGGGUUCGUUAUGGAAAUGAUUUGACUUAAACCAUUUACUUGGUUUUUCAUUGUAAAGAGAUCAUCGUUCUCAAUAGUAACUAAGACAAACUUCG